AUGUCUCUAUUGUGGUAUAACCGGGGCGAGGAAAAGACCCGGCUCCGGCUCGAGUUUCAAGUUGUCCACGAUGGCCUGGAUGAGGGGAUUUCCAAACAACAACCAACCCAGACUUUCACCUGCUUUGGUGAUCUUCCGCCAGAAAUCCGACUAUCUAUCUGGGAAGUCUUGAUCCAACCGAGGAUCGUUCUGGCAGCAUGUGUGGACAACCGGUGCAAGACCCAGAAACACGCCCAAAUGGCCAAGCGUUCAACGACACGCUCCAUCCCGGUCUUGCUUCAUGUAAACCGCGAAUCUCGCGCUCUUGCUCUCCGCCACUACGAGCUCACCUUUGCCUGGAAGAUUCCGCCGAGAUUGGCCGCCCCAGAAACGAGUGUGUUGCCCGCACAGGGUGACGCUCGUGUUUGGUUCAACUUCAACCUGGAUGCUUUGCUCCUACUUGGCGAGCUCGAACCUUACGAUGAGUUUGGCUUCAGCUCGCCCAUGUCUCACUUCUUUCGCAAAGAGGACACCGCCCGCAUAAAGCACAUUGCCUGUGCCUUUGAGGAGCUACAUCUCAGCCUCUACGAGUCCGAUUCCAUCUUUGGCACUUUGUUUCACAUCAUCGACCGUUGCCCUGCCGCUCAACGUCUCCUCAUCACCACCACGACUGAAGACACAGAGACGCGCCACUUGAGACUGCCCACUCUUGACAACGUUGUCCAGAAGCUCUGGUGUGCUUUCCUAAACGGCACCACCUGCGUCAACGAGUCUCUGGCCAACAUGCAAAUCCUCAUGAUCGCCGAGGAUGGUCUCGCUUCGUUCAUCAACGAGAACAGGUAG